AUGGCAAUUUGUUACAGAAAUAUACUAGUUUUUAUAGCCUUGUUUCAUGUAAGUAUUGUGGUGGCAGCAUUUCCUCCCUGCCAAACCUGUGGCUCACCUAACGAAUCUCCACCGGCACCCAAACCAGGUGCUUCACUACCUGAACCGGGAGCACCCGAAGCCUCUCCACCUGAACUAGCUCCAAUUCCGCCACCCGAACUCUCCCCUGAACCGAGUGAGGCACCGAGAGACGACAAAGUUUUUGAUGUCACCGAAUACGACGCAGUGGCUGAUGGUUGGACAGAAAGUAGAUUGGCAUUCUUAGCGGCAUGGAAGGCAGCCUGUGAUCAUCCAGGGAACUCUACCUUCUACAUACCCGAAGGAAUAUUCAUGGUCGCUCCGAUCACAUUUCACGGCCCUUGCUAUAACGACCUAUCGCCUAACGUCAAGAUCAAGGGAACAUUAUUGGCUCCGAUUCGACUUACUGCAUUCAAGUCCCAUCACUGGAUUGCAUUCAAAAACCUGAAAGGGUUCGCUGUCACCGGGGGCACCGAAACGGGAAAAGUCGACGGACAAGGAGAAGCAGAAGCCUGGCAACAGUCUAGUUGCCUGAAAGCAGCAAGAUGUAAGAAAUUAAUCACAUCGAUGUUUUUCAUAAAUGUUUCACAUGCAUCAAUCAGCAAUAUCACGUUGUUAAACGGCAAGGGCUUCCAUUUAGGUCUCCACAAAAGCAAUGACAUCAAUAUCUACAAUGUCAACAUUAUUGCUCCUGAAGAUAGCCCAAAUACUGACGGCAUCCAUGUCAGUCAUUCCUCUAACAUUAGCAUUUUCUCUUCGACGAUCGGAGUCGGUGAUGAUUGUAUAUCCAUCGGAUCUGGUAGCAACAACAUCUCCAUUUCUGAUGUCCGAUGUGGUCCGGGCCACGGAAUAAGUGUGGGCAGCCUUGGCAAGUACAAAACCGAGACGGAUGUGGUCGGUAUCAGCGUCCGGAACUGCACGAUAAAUGGCACGGAAAACGGUAUUCGCAUGAAGUCAUGGCCCGGAGGCCGUGCAAUCAAUGCUUACAAUAUGACAUUUGAAGAUAUUCUUAUGAUCAAUGUCUCCAACCCCAUAGUCAUAGAUCAAGAAUACUGUCCUUCCCAUAAGUGCAAGACUACAAAACCCUCGCUUGUGAAGGUGAAAGACAUAUUGAUAAGGAACAUCAGCGGCACCUACAACACCAAAUCAGCGGUAACAUUGCUGUGCAGCUCGGAUGCACCAUGCGAAGAUAUUAGGCUUGUUAACAUAAGUCUCAACUAUUUAGUGCCACACACCCCUCGCCAAGGUCGCUUCAACAUUAAGGGCUUUCUUAAUGGCUUACAAGUUAUUAAUUCUAAGUUUUAG